AUGCGGCGCGGUCUUUUAAUCUUCAUUGUGGUGAACUUGCUCAUCCUCACUCUCCUUAUCCGCAGCGUAUCAACGUUGCUGUCAUUGCUGGUGGAGGAUGCGGCUGCGGAUGCCAUUCACCGCGCGGAGCUGCCCUCACCCAACUCCAGUCUGAUCGAAACGCGGCCUCAGAUCAUCCCCAAGAUCAUUCAUCAGACCUACAAGAAUGAGACCAUUCCCGAGGUUUGGAGGGAGGCUCAGCAGAGCUGCAUUGAUCUGCACCCAGACUAUGAGUAUAUUCUGUGGACAAAUGAGAAAUCGCGCGAGUUUAUUGCUGCCGAAUACCCGUGGUUCCUGGACACCUUUGACGGGUACAAGUACCCCAUCCAGCGCGCAGACACGAUUCGAUACUUUGUUCUGGCCCAUUACGGUGGCACCUACAUUGAUCUGGACGACGGUUGCAACCGCCGUCUUGACCCGCUUCUUGCCUACCCUGCCUGGGUCCGUCGCACUGUUCCCACCGGUAUCUCCAACGACGCCAUGGGGUCCGUCCCGCAACAUCCAUUCUUCUUGCGCGUGAUUGAGCUUCUGCAGAAAUAUGACCGCAAGUGGGUGUUGCCAUACAUCACGGUCAUGUACUCAACAGGUCCACUGUUUCUCUCGGUGAUUUGGAAAGAAUACAUGCAGGAUAAGCCCGGUGAAUCUGGUCGGGUGCGCAUUCUGAUGCAAGACGAAUAUAAUAAGUUCUCAUGGAGCUUCUUCACCCAUCACACUGGCAACAGUUGGCAUGGCAAGGAUGCGCAUUUGAUCUUCUGGAUGGGUCAACAUUGGAUGUUCCUCACAUUCUGCGGGUUUGUACUCGCCGGUGUCGUGGGCAUCUGUCUGUGGUGGACAUAUGGUCGAAUCAUGCUUCUGGGCUCCAAGUAUCGCUACCGAUAUAGCAAGGUGCCGUCGAUCAUCAGCCCUCGACUUUCGUCCUCCCCCACUCGGCGUGCUCGUCGCAUCAUGCCUACCUUGCUUCGCCACGUCAGCUUCAAGGAGGAUGAGGAGCAAGGUGGGGUUACUGAGACAUCUUACGAACUUGGUCGUCGCGAUGAUUAG